AUGGCUCCCAUAAAGAUCCAGGGUUUGGUCCAGAUCCGAAGCAAGAACCGGAACAGACACACCCGGGCUUCUCAGUGGAAAGAGGCCGUCAUCGAAAUAGUGGAGAGGAAGCAGAAGGUUACCAUGGUGUUUUCCUUCAAGCUGGAGAAGAGGAAGAGGGUUUUCCAGCUGGGGAAUAAUGUGGCGGGCGUUGUGGUUAGCUGUUGUGAGAUGGGGCUGCACUGUCUGUAUCUAACUCUAAAAGGUGACACCUCUUUACUCAUUGACAAGUUGUCCUCUGCUGAUAUUGAGCAACUGAAGGCAUUCCUGGAUUUGGCUCAUCUGUCUGAUACCCAAGACCCCGACGACCCCAUGAGGAAGCAGGAGUUUCUUGAAGGCGGGCAUCCCUUCUGCAAGAAGCACCCAGAGCCGGUCUGUGGGGCCAGGGAGACGGCACAGGAGAGGGAGGCGCCGCUCCCCGGGAAGAUGCCGCUCUCGCUGGCCAAAUCCACCAGCCGGUAUGCUAAAAAAGACAAGGCAGAAAAGGAGAUCAAGAAGCGCAAGAGAAUGGCAGCCCCCAGCGUGGACGUGGAGGAAGAGAUUCUCACCGAAUUCAGUCCCGAACCACAGAAGAAGUACAAGAUCUGUAACCCCAGAAGCAAGAGAGGCAAAGGAGAGAAGCCCAUGGCCUCACGAGAGCAGGAAAAACCCACCAACUGGAAACUGGAAACUUCCCUGAUGGCCAGCGCCCGCAGGAAGACUAACCUCGACGACACCACCGUCCUGUCCACACAAACGCUUGCUGAGGAAAGAAGCGGCCCCAAGUUUAACCAGGAGCCCCCGGUAUGCGCCGAGAUACAGCUUCCCCUCGACACUUACGCCAAGCAACUGAACCGGGAAGGCUUCCCCAAUCUGGGCAACACCUGCUACAUGAAUUCCAUUCUGCAGUCUGUCUUUGGGAUUCCGACCUUCGCGAAGGACCUGCUCACACAAGGUAUCCCCUGGGACAAAGUGUCCUGCGACGACCUCAUCAAGCCCCUGAGCCAGCUCCUUGUCCUGAAAGACAUCCGCGACGUGGAGAUCAAGGGCCAGCUACUCAUGACGGUGAAGAAAACCAUUUCCACCGUGGCAGACACAUUCCUGGGCGACGAGCAGAACGAUGCCCACGAGUUUCUAAGUCAGUGCCUGGAGCAGCUGAAACUGAACAUGGAAAAGCUCAACGCCAUGUGCUGUUCUGAGAGGGAAAAUGAAGCUGCCUCCUCCAGAAGGUUCAUCUGCCCGGUGGCUGCGAAUUUUGAAAUCGAGCUGCACAGCUCCAUCGUCUGCGAAGGUUGUGGGGAAGCUACUCUCAACACCGAAGUCAGCAACUAUCUCUCUGUCGACCUGCCCCAGGGGACGAAGGAUCACCCUCUGUCCAUUCAGAAGUCUCUGGAUCUUUUCUUCACACCUGAGAAAAUCGAGCACAACUGUGAGAAUUGCAAGAACAAGAAUUCUGUACUCAGGUACACUUGGAGGAGGCUCCCCAGGGUCCUGAUUGUGCACCUGAAACGCUACCACUUUACCGCCAACAGGAUGCUGGUGAAGAGUCAGCAGCCCGUGGAGAUCUCGAAGUACCUAACGGUGGCUUAAAACACGAAGCAGCCAUUUCCGGUGACCACCAGGAAUUCCAACGGCGACUUUGACGUCCCAGGCGUUGAAGGAACCAUGCACGAGAUCUUUGGGCACUCGAUACCCUCCAUCCAGCCAACUUCCGUGUCCAUCGACUUCACAGUCCUGCAGGUGGGCUCGAACGAGGAUGCCGAGAUGCAAAACUUCCAGAUAAUGUGUGACGACCAGCAGCAGCUCGGCCUAGAAGGUGUUUCUGGGAUAGACCCGGACCUACUGAAGACGGAAAAAUGGAUGCUCUGCGAAAAUACAUCGCCCUCGUGGGACUCCAUCAUCUGCGAACCCAUCAGCAUCCAAGACCUGGGCCUCAGAGAGAAGGGUCUCCAGAAGCUCCCUGAGAAUCCAGACAGCAAGAACUACAAGAAAAUCAAUGUAUAUGGAAACCCAAAUCACCAUACCAUCAUCGAGAUUUGCAAGCAGCUCCUCCAGCAGCAUGGGAAAAGAAUCCAGAAGGAAUUGCUUCCUUGGGCAUUACCCCAAAGUGUCAGGGGUACUCAGGAAGACAUGGGGAAGAACAUGAACAGGUAUUCAGAAAUGGUCGAUCCGAAAAUCGAUGCCGACUUCUUGAGCGCUCUGGGGUACACCGAGAGCCCCAGAGUUGCAGGAAUGGAUCACUCAGAUGCAGCCAAUGAGGCCAUGGCAGAAGACCCUCAGAAUUACAGGCUUGUCGGUGUCGUCAGCCACUUUGGGAGCUCCCAAGAUUCAGGCCACUACGUCAGCGACGUGUAUGACUUCCAACGGCGAGCCUGGCUGCUGUACAGCGAUGUCCAAGUGUUCGAGAUCCCCGAGGCCUUGAUUCAAGAGAAUCGGCUUCACACCGGCUACAUUUUCUUUUACAUGCAAAAUGAGAUCUUUGAGUGGCUGAGAUGUGCUGAGAUGAGGGUUUGA